UCUUUGUAGCUGCCGUUUCUGGACUCCUCCUCUUCCGAGAUGCUAGCGCUGCGCUCGGCCAGCCGCCUGCCGCUCCUCCUGGCGCAGCCUCAGCCGCGGGGCCGCCUGGCUGCCGCCGGCCGCGAGCUGCUGCUGGGGAGCCCGGCUGCCGUCUCCGAAAGCCGCGCUUGCAACAGCAGCAGCAGCGGCGGCAGCCCGAGAGCCUCGCCGAACCCGCUGGUCUUCCUGGAGGUGGGCGCAGACAACCAGCCGCUGGGACGCGUCGUGCUGGAGCUAAAAGCUGAUGUGGUACCCAAAACAGCAGAAAAUUUCAGAGUUUUAUGCACUGGAGAAAAGGGCUUUGGGUACAAAGGAUCCACCUUCCAUCGAGUGAUCCCUUCGUUCAUGUGCCAGGCUGGUGACUUUACUAAUCACAACGGUACAGGAGGAAAAUCCAUAUAUGGCAGUCGCUUUCCGGAUGAAAAUUUCAUUCUUAAACACGUUGGACCCGGUAUCCUCUCCAUGGCCAAUGCCGGCCCCAACACAAACGGAUCUCAGUUCUUCAUUUGCACGGCCAGAACAGAUUGGCUGGAUGGAAAGCAUGUUGUGUUUGGCCAGGUCAAAGAAGGAAUGGAUGUUGUGAAGAAAAUUGAAAGCUUUGGGUCAAAGAGUGGAAAGACUUCAAAGAAGAUAGUCAUUACCGACUGUGGCCAGCUGUGAUCAUUCAACCCCGUCAAGAUGUCUUCCCUGAAGAAUCAGAGAUGCAGAAAAGAAUGCCUCAAAACUAUUGACUUAGAGAUUUCUCAGUUAAUCCCCUUGGACGCCGCUGAAGUACAUGAAGAAGUCCAGUUGUCAUUUGAACCACCUCAAACUCUUCAUUUCAAUAGCCUUGUAUCACUUUUUAAAUACCCUAAUUAAAUUUUCUAUCCAUAGUAAGCCUGAACAUGUGAGAACCAUAGCUAGCUGGAUUGUAUCAAAAGGUUAUCCUGCUGUUGGUUAAAUUGAUACUUGAAUUUUUCCCCAUUUCAAGUCAAGGUAGGAUUGUGUAGGCCAUUAAGUGAAGAUGGCUUCCUAGUAGCAUCUUCCCCUUUAAACCUCAAACACAAACUCUUGAAAGAAUAUGUUGCCUUUCAGUUGAAGCUCUUCAUGUUUCUGUGGCUUGAAGACUGAAGAACCCUCCAAGCCGCAAACAUGGAAUUCAUGGAUUUCCUACAGUUUGUCUGAAACUAUGCCUGUGCCUGGAUCAUAAUAAGAACAAAACAAUGUAUGUUUAGGCUGCUUAGAAUGUAGCACUUGCAAGGAAUGUGCUGCUCCUAGAAUCUGGAUUUAGGAAUAUGGUACCGGAACAAAUAGAAUAUUUUUAUUAACUUGCAAAGAAAAAAAUUGAGGUUACUUAUUUCAGAUGCAACUAUGAAUUCAAGCAUCAGGGAAAACUGCGUAUAUCCACUGUUGUAAAUAUAGCACGAUAGCUUGACCGAUAUGCUCAACGGUAUAUUUCUCCUCUUACAAUUCUUUAUCAGAACCAGCAUUUGGAUUGCAUUUUGCUUCAUUUAAAAGUAGAUUAAAGACCCGCCAGGCUGCUAGGCAUAGCUUUGAGACUGUAAGUAGAUGAACUGGAUCACUAAUUUGAUUAUUUACACUCUUAACUUGCCACACCCAAUUAAAACAGAAAUUCUAAACCCAGACAGGUUCGUUGGUUUAUACCGUGAGCAGUGAAUUCCACAACAGAUUUCCCAUCUUCCCUUUUUUUAAAAAAAUUAAUUCAGAUUACUGUCCUAGAUCUCCACAUUCAGUUUCACACCAUAGAUGUAGCAGGUGGUUAGGGCUGGUGAUCUCCGUGCUUGGUACCACUGUCUUUAUCUCAGGAAUCUAAAGGUAGGGUGUGAUUUCACCAGAAUCCUACAAUGAUGGAAUUGUAGUCAGGGCAAUAGGAAAUAGAAAAUAACUCUUUAUCUAUCCUUGAAUGUUUGGGAGUUUUAUGAGGAACUUGGAACUGUUGACGUAAGCAGCCAUCUUGAAUUCUGCUGAAGGCAUGCUGAAAAUACCCACGCUGUAGUCUGUAACCAAUUGCACAUGUCUCCGCUAUGUGAGCAGAGUUAAAAAUUGAAGCCAGAUAUGUGUUGUCUUUUAUCAGACCUUGAAAUGUGAUGAUCCUUUUUAUGUGAAUUUGUAACUCCGUAAUAGUCAUUUCACUGAAGGUUGAAAACGCUGCCGUGGAACAGGUACCCUCGAUUUAACGGCCAUUCGUACAGUUCAAAAUGGUGGCAGCAGUGCUGAAUAAAGUGACGUCCAACCCAUCCUCCCCAGUUGCAGCCGUCACGUUAUCCCACGCCACCCCCACCCCCACAUAUGAUAGUGGCAACUCCCUCAUGUACAACGGUUGCCGUGUCUUGCACUUUCGCGAUCACAGUUGGCUUCCAACAACGUCAAUGUGGGAGCCUGCAAGGAAGGUUGUAGAUCACAAUCCCGUGAGGUCUGGCUUCACAACUGGCAAAAGCCGGUCACAAAAUGAGGUGCAGUCACAACAAGUAACACCACAAUUUUUUUUUUCCUGGUCUCCCUUGUGGUCGUUGGUUGAGGCCCUUUAUACGGAAGAGUCUAACAACAAAUAUGCUAUCUUGACAUGAUUUUCCCCGUUCUUUGAAAUGUUUUUUGAACUUGUUAGCUCAUGUUCUUUAUCAGUAAUAAAUGGUAUUUUUUUAUAACAUGUUUGUUUAAGUGUGUAAUAUAUUAAAUACCUUUGAUA